AAUACACUAGUAAUCUGUGAAAACUGAUGAGUGACGAAAAUUAUUGCGAAAUUAGUAUUAAUUAUUUGCGUGAAAAGAUUAUAAUGACUCAUAAUUGAUUAUAUUUUUUUAUUUACCAGAAACAUAAUAAUCCGAAAAUGGCUAGUUCCAUUAUUGUGGCUGGUUUAGGUAUGGCUGCAGUGGGAUUUGCAGGGCGUUAUGUACUCAGACAAAUGCCCAAUGUGUCUGUUAAGUUUUCGGAAGCCAUUAAAAAUCUCCCGAAGUUUGAUGCAGAAAGCCUAGCAAAUUCUAAAUACUACAAAGGUGGUUUUGAACCUAAAAUGACAAAAAGGGAAGCAGCAUUAAUAUUAGGCGUAAGCCCAACUGCUAGCAAAGCCAAGAUUCGGGAAGCACACAGAAGGAUAAUGUUGUUAAAUCAUCCAGAUAAAGGAGGUUCUCCACUCAUUGCAGCUAAAAUAAACGAAGCAAAAGAUUUACUUGAAAGUGGGAAAUCAUGAUGUUAUCAAGAAAUAAAAAUUAUAAUUAUAUGUAAAGUUAGUAGCUUUUCAUUAGUGUUAAGUUUCUUAGAAUUGGUAUUGUAAAUAAAUUUGUUUUGCU